AGUGGAGAUCAUUGCUCUGGGCAAGCCGAUCACUGUCUGCCGUUUUGGUUUUGUGGGAGAUUUCAUUUUGUAUGACAAAGAGGUUUAAAUCAAACUGAGAGAUGUCUGCAAACGGCACACAAAGAGCUUGCGAGGGCAUCAACCUGAAUUUUACGCACAGCUUCCUGCCGCCCGUUUUUAUCACCGUGUUCAUUGUCGGGACAGUGUCUAACAUCUGUGGACUGAGAAGCGUGUGCGUGAGCUGGAAGAAAAAUGGAAACAUCAACAUCUUCAUGUUCAACCUCGGGGUGGCGGACCUGCUGUAUCUCUUCACUCUGCCGUUCCUCGUCUACUAUUAUACGCGUGAGAGCAACUGGCAGUUUGGACAGCCUUUCUGCAAGGUGACCCGCUUCUGCUUCAACCUCAACCUUUACGGCAGCAUCGGUUUCCUUACCUGCAUCAGCAUCUAUAGGUACCUGGGCAUUGUGCAUCCGAUGAAAGUGAUGGGGAAAAUCACCAGCCGCCACUCUCUGGCCAUCAGCGCCCUGGUCUGGCUUUUGGUCAUUAUUCAGAUCACUCCUGAUAUGUUCUUUCGCAAGAAUGAUGAACAAAAACCAAACUCAUGUUUUGACACCACCUCAACCAACCUGACCAGAUAUUACCUGCCAUACAGCAUUGGCUGGACUGUCACAGGGUUUGUCCUGCCUUUGGUCAUCAUUUUGGUCUGUUAUGGACACAUUGUGGUGGUUCUGUCAAAGAAUAACAACGUUAACCCUCUGUUGAAGCAGCGGUGUUUGAAACUGGUCGUGAUUCUGGUCAUACUGUUCUCUGUUUGCUUUAUUCCCUACCAUGUAUUUCGAAACUUGAAUCUGACAACCAGGAUUUUGAAACAAGAUGGGGUUUGUCACCACCUCUUUGACGACAUCUACAUUGCGCACCAGAUCGGCAGAUGCCUGGCUUGUCUAAACAGCGCAAUAAACCCGCUGAUUUAUAUAGUUGGAAAUGAUGAUUUUCUCACUAAGUUUCAACAUUUCAGUAAUCGGACCAGGAUGUCUUUGGCCGGACUCAAAGGUGCAAUUAUUUACCGCAGACCCUUGGAAAUGGACGCAGAUUCACCUGCGUCAGCGUCGACAUGAGAGGAUAGCACGCACAAUGUUAC